AUCGUCCUGGAGGGGAAGUGCCUGGUGGUGUGCGACUCCAGCCCUUCGGCCGAUGGCGCCAUCACCUCCUCCCUGGGGAUCUCCGUGCGCUCGGGCAGCGCCAAGGUGGCCUUCUCGGCCACCCGCAGCACCAACCACGAGCCCUCCGAGAUGAGCAACCGCACCAUGACCAUCUACUUCGACCAGGUAUUAGUUAAUAUUGGCAACCAUUUUGAUCUUGCUUCCAGUAUAUUUGUAGCGCCAAGGAAAGGGAUAUAUAGUUUCAGUUUCCACGUGGUCAAGGUCUAUAACAGACAAACCAUCCAGGUAAGUUUAAUGCAAAACGGCUACCCAGUGAUUUCAGCUUUUGCAGGGGAUCAGGACGUCACCAGAGAAGCAGCCAGCAACGGGGUCUUGCUCCUCAUGGAACGAGAAGACAAAGUGCAUCUCAAACUGGAAAGGGGUAACCUCAUGGGAGGGUGGAAAUAUUCAACCUUUUCUGGCUUCUUAGUCUUUCCACUAUAAAAGAAGGCCAAAUAGGAGACAGAUUGAUGAGCUGGAGCAAGCAUUCAGUUAACAACACCCUGAACUUGGCAGCACACGACAAUAUUUCCAGUCACCCCGUCAGACUGUCACAGUAGAAGAAUGAUGACCUUCUAAAACUCCAAACAUUUGCUUUGAAUAUUGACAAUUCCUCGGGAACCUGCGCCUCUAAUUAGUUUUAGACGACAGUGAUCUUUAGGAGAAAUGAAAUUAUCGACCUGAGCAAUUUGUACCUGUGAUUGUAAAGUCAAUUUUGGAUUUUAUUGUUGGGAUCAUUGACUUUCUUAUUUUUUAUUAUUUUUUUUCCUCUUGUUCAUUUUUUCCCCUCUUCUUUCUCUUCUUGUUCCAAUGAGACAAAUUACUCGGACCAUGCAAUUGCUUUGUCAAAGGCUCACUCCAGAGCCAGAAGAAUGAAGUGUUGAGCCCAAUGAGGUGUUCUUUCCAUGCUUUAUUUCUUUGUGUUGUAUAGCCUUAAGGGAAAAAAAAAAAUAAUGAAAAAAGAAAAAAAGAGAAUGACUUCAGUCUCAAUCCUGUAUUUUUCUGGGGGAGGGGUAUUCUGGACAUUACUGUGUCAAGAAGUGCUUUAUCCAGUGAAGCAAAAUUUGCACGAUUGGAA